AUGGGCAGGCGUCCAAAUUCAGUCGUGGACGAGGUCAUCGAUGACGAAGUGAGUAACUUAAAUGAAAAUGAGUCUACGAUCUCCAAAGACGAGCCAAUCGAGGUUGGCAUGAAGAGUGAGUCCAAAGAUCUCUACCGGGAGGAUUAUCGACAACCUUGGGAGGAAUGGGCCCCCGACGAUAUUGGAAUCAACUCCAAGUCGACGCCAGAGUCAGCCAAGUUUGCCUUAAUCGUUCGGCGGGAGAAACGAAAUGGCGACACCGAGGAGCCCGUCCUCGCUCUGCACUCUAUCAGCGUACAGAGCCCUCUCAUCAAGGAGCUGCUCGGCCCCGUGUUCGCCGGCUAUCGAGGGAUCAACACGAAUCUGAAGAAGCUAGAAUUUCACGCACCAUUCCACGAGUUCUUUUAUCGCUGGGAGGGCUUCAUCAAGGCUGAACCCCACGGGGACGAGGACAAUGAUAUUGCAAGGAAGCACUACAAACUUUUAUUCAAUAUCAUCAGUCCCGAGAUUACGGCACACAUUGAACAGAGGAAUGACCUGAUAAAGAAUGGGGUCAUUUCCUUUGACUAUGUCUGGACAUUGUUUGAACCCGGUACCGAGAUCUAUUCCAGGGUUGAUGAUCAAGACCGCCUUUUCCUCCUAGAUGGCGGGAAGUAUCAGAAGCUCCCCAACGAUGCUUUGAUAUACAACCUUUCUUGCCGCUACAUCGACACCAACGGGGAAAUAUUUGGCUAUACGACCACUUCGUUAGCAAUCGGUCAGUUCGAAAAUCUCAAACCUGUGUUUGAACUAAAUGUGCUCCCGAGCCACCUGCAACCCAACAUGGGUGAGAUCCGUGCACGGCUGGAAGAGAGGGGGGAGAGAUUUCAGGCUCUGAAAGGCAUCCACUACAAACAAUACUCGGGAGUCUACACCCUGCGAAAAGCACCGGUUGGGGCCUCCCGUAGACAAUUUGUCGAGGAUGGGAGGAUCGUAAUCGACUGCAACUCCUUUAUGAGGUACAAUGGCGAUUCGUCAAGCCAACUACUUCCCUUGAACAACCCAGACCAAGGAUCCGUCCAUCUUGACGCUUCGGGUCCAACUUUCGGCUUCGGUGAUGCCGACUCAGAUUCCGACUCAGACCUUUUGAUGCCGCCGGCUAUUCAAUUUUUGAGGCGCCUAGCGAAUAGAGCAAACCGAAAAUUUGCUGCGAGUGGUAAAAGCUCAGAAGCAACGUCACUUUGCAAGGAGCACCUCGCGUUCUGCACUCCUCUGCUGAAAGGUUUCUGUCUCAAGGCAAAGACAUGGGUGUACUUCUACAUUGAUUCGGUGAAGGAAAUAAUUUGGAACGAAGACUCGUUCAACCAGCUUGUCCUCCCGCAAGACUAUAAACAGAUUGUCCUAGCAUUCGUACAUGCUCAAUUGUCUCAUCGUGAUGAUUUUGACGACGUCAUUAAGGGGAAAGGUCGAGGCAUUAUCAUGCUGUUGAGCGGAGAACCUGGCACGGGAAAGACGCUCACGUCAGAAUCAGUCGCCGAAGAAAUGAAGCGUCCCCUUUAUGCCAUGUCUGCUGGUGAGCUGGGUGACGACGCCGACGAGAUGGAACGCAGCCUCCAGCGGGUCCUAGAGCUGUCGACCAAAUGGGGCGCCGUGCUGCUGAUUGACGAGUGUGACGUCUUCCUCGAGCGCCGCUCGCUCCAUGAUUUACAUCGCAACAAGCUGGUAUCCGUGUUCCUGCGCCUGCUUGAGUAUUACCAGGGUGUCAUGUUCCUGACAACCAACCGCGUUGAGGAUUUCGACCCGGCCUUUGAGUCCCGGAUCCACCUCACCAUCAACUACCCGAAGCUUGACCACCAGAGCAGACUGCAUAUCUGGAAGACUUUUGUGACCAGGGGAGCCGGGGAUAGGAGCAGUAUCGCUGCGGAGGACCUGGCGGAGCUGGCCAAGGAGGAUCUAAAUGGCCGGCAGAUCAAGAACGUAGUCAAAACGGCGAGACUGCUUGCAUCGAGAGACGGUGCACCACUUGGGCUUGAGCACGUUGAGACGGUCUUGAGGGUAAAGCAUGGAGGGCCGGCGAGGAUCUCAUCGUAG